AGAUGGUGCAAGAAGCUUCUUCUUCCGCGUGUCUUUCCUCUGAACUAAGAAACACUCUGUCAUUCUCCGCUCCUUUCCGUUUCUCCGUCACAUUUGAUUUUUGGUAACGCCAACACCAUUUUUUUUUUCCCAUUCAUCUCUUUCGCUAAGAUUUGUUUUUGUUUAUACCCACAGAAAGACCCACCUGAUUUCUUUGUAAUUAAAUUAUAUUUUAGUUAAUUUUACGCUUAAUUUCUCAUUCCAUUCCAGUGUCACCCUCUGAUCGAACAAAGAACCUAUCCUAUUUAUAUUAUAUACACAUAGUACACACAUCUCUAGAAGUAAGCGAAUUUUCAUGCAAAAAUCCAAAUCUUUAUAAUUUGAAAUUAAAUUUGCGACAGUCUAUGGGAUGAGUUUUACCUUCUUGAAAUGGCUUCAAAUUUCUCACAUCUUCUUCUUCUUCUCAAUACCUUGGCACUUUUCACUGUAAACCCUUGUCUGGGUUCGGAAUUUGGCGAUGAAUUCACCAUCGGCAGCUUGGAUAUCGACGCGUUUCGGGGAGAUUACACACCGCCAUCGCCUCCUCCACCAGCACCGCCGCCACACCCUCCGUCGCUCACAUGCGAGGAGGAUCUCAAAGGAGUUGGGUCGCUUAACACCUUGUGCGAGCUUAAUUCAAGCCUGAGCUUCGAAGACGAUGUCUAUAUAGAGGGGAAAGGUAGUUUGCAUAUACUUCCGGGAGUAAAUUUGAGUUGCCCUUUGCCCGGUUGCUCGAUUUGGGUUAAUGUAAGUGAAGAAUUUAUUUUGGGUCGGGGUUCGGCGAUUGUGGCUGGGUUGGUGUCUGUGAAUGCCUUAAACGCAAAUUUAGCUGAGGGGUCUUUGAUUAACGUCACGGGUUUAGCUGGAGAGCCACCGGAGCAGACCAGUGGUACGCCGCAUGGUCUCCAAGGUUCUGGUGGUGGCCAUGGCGGGAGAGGAGCUAGCUGUGUGAGUGACAAUACGAAGCUUCCUGAUGAUGUAUGGGGCGGCGACACUUACUCGUGGACGUCAUUAGAGCACCCGGAUAGUUAUGGAAGCAGGGGAGGCACGACUAGUAAAGAGGUCAAGUAUGGCGGAGAAGGAGGUGGGAGGAUUUGGCUGGAGGUGAAUGUCACCAUCGAUGUUUCCGGGAGUCUCUUGGCGGAGGGAGGUGAGGGUGGCAUGAAGGGUGGAGGAGGCUCUGGUGGCAGCAUUUUUAUCAAAGCUUAUAGAAUGACUGGAAGUGGCAGGAUAAGUGCAGCUGGGGGUAAUGGAUUUGCUGGAGGUGGAGGUGGAAGAGUUUCGAUCAAUGUUUUCAGCAGGCAUGAUACUACACAAUUCCUAAUACAUGGAGGAAGGAGUUUAGGCUGUCCUGAAAACUCAGGUGGUGCAGGGACUUAUUAUGAUGCUGUGCCUCGAAUUCUUAUAGUUAGCAAUCACAACAAGACCACACAGACUGACACGCUUCUGAUGGAUUUUCCUAAGCAGCCACUUUGGACAAAUGUUUAUAUUCAAAAUCAUGCCAAGGCUUUGGUUCCUCUAUUCUGGAGCCGUGUUCAGGUUCAAGGACAAAUUCGUUUGACAUGUGGCGCAACUUUGAGUUUUGGGCUUGCUCAUUAUUCUUCAUCAGCGUUUGAGUUAAUGGCAGAAGAGCUUUUGAUGAGUGACUCUGUUGUUAAGAUAUUUGGGGCUCUUCGUAUGAUUGUCAAAAUGAACUUGAUGUGGAACUCCGAAAUGGUUAUAGAUGGUGGCAAUGAUACAAUUGUUGCAACAUCCUUACUUGAGGCAAGCAAUUUAGUGGUUCUCAAGGAAUCAUCUAGGAUCCGUUCUAAUGCAAAUUUGGGAGUUCAUGGACAAGGCUUUCUGAAUUUAUCUGGACCGGGGAAUCUGAUUGAAGCUCAGCGUCUAAUUCUUUCAUUAUUUUACAGUGUCAAUGUUGAUUCUGGAUCUUUGUUACGAGGUCCUUUGGAGAGUGCUGAUAGCAAAUUAGAGACACCACGACUCUACUGCAAUCUCCCAGAUUGCCCCAUUGAGCUAAUUUAUCCACCUGAAGAUUGUAAUGUGAACUCUACUUUAGCCUUUACUAUUCAGAUAUGUCGAGUUGAACAAGUUGUUGUUGAAGGCACCAUUACAGGAUCCAUUAUUCAUUUCCACUGGGUUAGAGCAAUAACCAUCCCUUCUUCUGGAGUGAUUAGUGCAUCUGGGUUGGGUUGCACUAAUGGAGUGGGCCAAGGAAAGAUAUUUGAAAAUGGUCUUUCAGGUGGAGGAGGGCAUGGCGGAAAAGGUGGGAAUGGAUAUUAUAAUGGAAAUUUCAUUGAGGGUGGGGUUGCAUAUGGAAAUGCUGGUUUACCUUGUGAACUUGGCAGCGGUAGUGGAAAUGUGAGUUUAGCUGGUGCAACAACAGGUGGUGGUAUCAUUGUGAUGGGUUCAAUGGAGCGUUCUUUAUUAAGUUUUUCUGUUGAUGGCUCACUUAAAGCUGAUGGGGAAAGCUUUGGAGAAGAUUUGAAAAAACAAAAUAGUGGGCCCAUCUCAAAAUUAGGUCCUGGUGGAGGCUCUGGUGGAACAAUUCUUUUAUUUGUGCAAACAUUGGCACUUGGUGAUUCUUCUACCAUCUCAACUGUUGGAGGACAUGGCAGUCCUUAUGGUGGUGGUGGUGGUGGGGGUGGAAGGAUUCACUUUCACUGGUCCGAAAUACCAGUAGGGGAUGCAUAUUUACCAAUAGCUUAUGUGAAAGGAAGAAUUCUUACCGAGGGAGGAUUUGGUAGAGGUCGUGGUCAUUCUGGGCAAAAUGGAACGGUUACUGGAAAGGCUUGCCCAAGAGGGCUUUACGGUAUCUUCUGUGAGGAAUGUCCCAUUGGAACUUUUAAGAAUGUCAGUGGAUCUGAUAGAGCCCUUUGUUAUGAUUGUCCAUCUUAUGAACUUCCCCACCGUGCUGUAUAUGUUACUGUUCGAGGUGGUGUUACUGAUACUCCCUGUCCAUAUAAAUGCACUGAUGAUAGAUAUCACAUGCCACGUUGUUAUACAGCACUUGAAGAGGUCGUAUACACGUUUGGUGGGCCAUGGUUAUUUGGUUUUAUUCUGUUAGGUAUUCUCAUCUUGUUAGCUCUAGUACUUAGUGUUGCACGAAUGAAGUAUGUUAGUGGCGACGAGGUACCAGCUAUUGUGCCUACUCGUCAUGGCUCUCAAAUAGAUCAUUCCUUCCCUUUCCUGGAGUCAUUAAAUGAGGUUUUGGAAACACACAGAAAUGAGGAAUCCCGAAAUCAUGUGCAUAGAAUGUAUUUCCUUGGUCCUAAUACUUUUAGUGAACCUUGGCAUUUGACUCACUCUCCUCCACAACAAGUAAAAGAAAUUGUCCAUGAGGAUGCAUUCAAUAGAUUUGUGGAUGAGAUUAAUGGUUUAGCGGCUUACCAGUGGUGGGAAGGAUCAAUCUUCAGCACCCUAUCCAUCCUUGCAUAUCCACUUGCAUGGUUAUGGCUACAACGAUGUCGAAAAAGUAAAUUACAGCAGCUUCGUGAAUAUGUUCGCUCAGAGUAUGAUCAUUCUUGCUUACGCUCUUGUCGUUCACGUGCUCUCUAUGAAGGACUUAAGGUUGCUGCAACAUCUGAUUUAAUGCUUGCAUACAUCGACUUUUUCCUAGGUGGAGAUGAAAAAAGAGUUGAUCUUCCUCUUCGUCUUCAUCAGCGUAUUCCAGUGUCUUUAGUUUUUGGAGGAGAUGGAAGUUACAUGGCUCCUUUCUCUAUUCAAAGUGACAACAUUUUAACUAGCCUCAUGAGUCAGUCUAUCCCACCUACCAUUUGGUAUCGACUUGUGGCUGGUUUAAAUGCUCAACUGCGCUUAGUACGUCGUGGACACUUAAAAGUAACCUUUAGUCAUGUCAUCAGCUGGCUUGAAACACAUGCGAACCCUACCUUAAAGGCCUACGGUGUACAUGUUGAUCUUGCAUGGUUUCAACCUACAGCAUCUGAAUAUCGUCAGUUUGGACUUGUGAUAGCUGCGGCUGAAAAGGAGGAUGUGCUAGCAGCACAAGAAAAUCAACAUAUCUCAUUGCUUCCUGGGCAAGAAGGGGUGCCAAGAUUUGAUAGGGAUGAUCAACUGGACAAUUUGAGUGGCAACGAACAUUUUAUGACUCAUAAAAGGUUUUUUGGAGGAAUUUUGCAAACCAAGAACUUAACACCGCUGGAAGAGAAGACGUCCAUUUUUUAUCCCUUUUCUUUCAUAAUUUAUAACACUAAACCUGUUGGACACCAGGAUCUUGUUGGUUUGGUCAUCUCUAUUCUGCUUCUAGGAGAUUUUAGCCUAGUCUUCCUCACUUUGCUGCAACAGUAUUCAAUCUCGUUGCUCAACUUCUUCUUUGUACUAUUUAUCCUUCCCCUUGGUCUUCUUUUUCCCUUUCCAGCUGGAAUCAGUGCUUUGUUUAGUCAAGGACCUAGACGAUCAGCAGGUCUUGCACGUUUGUAUGCUCUUUGGAAUGUCACAUCCAUGAUUAAUGUUGUGGUUGCUUUUAUUUGUGGACUGCUUCAUUAUACAGCUCACUCGAGUAAAAAGCGUCCUGACUUUCAGUCCUGGAGUUUUAGCAUGGAUGAAAGUGAAUGGUGGGUGCUUCCUUCAGGAUUGGCAGUGUGUAAAAUUAUCCAAGCACGGCUUAUCGAUCGCCAUGUGGCUAACCAGGAAAUUCAGGAUCACUACUUGUACAGCAAUGACCCAGAUGUGUUUUGGCAGUCAUGAAAGCAUUCGUUGACAAUGUACAGACUACAGAGGCAAGUUAGUUAUCCAUUCUUUCCUAUAGUGUUAUUCUUUUCUAGUUGUUUUGGGAAAUCAGGUUGGUGGUGCAUAGGAUUAAUAUAGAGAAUUACAGUAAUUAAACAAUCCCCUGUUAUGUCCUGUUAACAUGUAGCUAGUUUCUUAAUACAUAGGAGUAGCUUGUGUCUGCUCUUUUAAACCACAGAAUGAAUCCAUGCAAUCUGAGCUCUUUCUUAGCCAAUAAAACCAGUUCAUUUUAUCUUC